GUCACGUGACAAUUUUUUAAGGCGUCGUUUUAUUGGCUGUAGCGCUGGUUCCGUACACCAUAGACUUGUACAGCUGAAACGAGACACCAAAACACCGGAUGUAAACAACAGCUGAUUUCAUCACAUGUCGUAUUAAAUAAAUUCUAACAGUUUAACACUGUUUAAGAUGAAUAUUGGACAGAAAAAAGCCGUUGACAUUGUGAUAGAAGGACAUAACCUUCUACUAUUAGGUUCAGCAGGAACCGGCAAAUCAUUUGUUAUCAAUGAAAUUGCCAAAAGCUUGAAGAAGAUCGGUAAAAAUGUACAGAUCACAUGUUCAACAGGAAUUGCGUGCAGUGUUUAUAAAGGGGUCAACGCUUGUACUAUUCAUCAGUUUACUGGGAUAUCCGAUGGUCGUUAUGGCCCUGAUCGUAUCACAGAUGUUAUAAAAAACAACCCAAAACAUAAGCAUGUACUCAAAAACAUAUACAAUGUUGACACUAUAAUUGUUGAUGAAUGCUCAAUGAUAAGUCAACAAGUUUUUGACAGUGUAAAUAAUGUUUGUAAAAUUAAAGACCCAAGUCGUGAUUUUGGAGGUAUACAAAUAAUUUUUUGUGGUGAUUUCCUCCAGUUACCACCAGUUGCCAGUCCAUCAUAUGGGGAUGAAGGAAAGUAUUGUUUUGAGUCUGAUAAUUUUAAGAAGACAUUCCCCCAUAGAGUCAUUUUAACUGAGAUAGUCAGACAAAGUGAGGAGCAGUUCAUUACAGCAAUUAAUGAAGUAUGUAAUGGUGUAAUAUCCCUUGAAUCUGAAAACUUUAUAUCUAAACUGAAUAGGCACCUAGACGUUCAAGCAGGUUCAAGGACUGUGAAAUUAUUUGCCAAAAAUGAUCUUGCAGAUGACUAUAACAGAAAGUGUUUAUUAGAAUUUCCUGGAAAUGUGUAUGAAUUUAAAUCUACAGACCAGGGACUGGCAAAAAAGAUGUCUACAAUUUCUGCUCCUCAUGUAUUAUGGCUGAAAGUCGGUUGCCCAGUUAUUUUAUUGAGAAAUUUAUCAGACAAACUUGUCAACGGUCUCCAGGGAUAUGUAAAGGAUAUUCCUGAUGAUGGAUCUGGUCCAACUGUUCAUUUUCCAACAGCCAACAUGACAAAAAGGAUACCAAAAGUAAAAUUUACAGUUUACAGUCCAAGGCUUAAUACUGAUAUAGCUGUAAGAUAGCAGUAUCCACUAAAACCUGCAUUUGGACUUACCAUACAUAAGGCACAAG